AGUUUACCACCAGAGAGAACAAGGGAACAACAGUCAACAGAGGAAAGUAAACCCAACAAACGAAUCAUCAAAAAGUGUCCGAAAAAAAUAGUCAAUUGUUGAAGAAGUGGUGAAAGCCAAAAAAUAUUUCACAAGAGUUUGAAGAGUCGUAGAUAGAAAGUCCAAAGAAAAUCUACAAAAAUGGGGAAGAAGCAGCAUCAAAAAGAUAAAAUGUACCUGACGUACACCGAGUGGACGACUUUAUAUGGAGGAAAAAGGACAGGAGACGAUUUCAAAACCUCAGAGGACACAACGUUCCGACAUCUACCCUUUAAUCACUGCUGCGUGAGUUUACAGCCCUUCGAGCAUCCUUACUGUGACCUUCAGGGCAAUAUUUUCGAAUUGGAGCCACUGUUAAACUACAUAAAACAGUUUAAACAUAAUCCAGUGACUGGAAAACCUAUCGAUGUCAAGAGUUUAAUUAAAUUAAAUUUCACGAAAAAUGCUGAGGGCGAAUACCAUUGUCCAGUUCUUUUCAAAGUAUUCUCACGGCACACGCAUAUUGUUGCUGUUAAAUCUACUGGAAAUGUAUUCUCGUACGAGGCUGUGGAGCAGUUGAACAUAAAAACGAAAAACUGGAGAGAUUUGAUCAAUGACGAGCCUUUCACCAGAGCUGAUUUAAUUACCAUUCAGGACCCAACUAAUGUGUCUAAAUUCAAUCUCUCGAGAUUUCAUCACAUUAAAAAUAAUCUUAGAGUUGAAGAUGCAGAUGCAGUUAGAGAUCGUAAAAAUCCAAAUGCAAGAUUGAAAACGGUUUCGAUGGAAACUCGAGAGACGUUAGCUGAGUUGAAAAGAGAUUACAAACCAGCAGAGAAAAAGGAGGAAGCAGCAGCAGUAGUUGCUGAUAAAUUUAAUGCGGCGCAUUAUUCUACGGGUGCAGUAGCUGCAGGUUUCACAUCUACAGUAAUGCCACGAGAAACCAUGCACAAAGCAGCUGUAGUCGAUGAAGACCUUGUGAGAUACGAACGAGUGAAGAAAAAGGGAUACGUGAGGAUUAUUACCAACUUCGGAUCAUUGAAUGUCGAACUAUUUGCUGAUGUUGUGCCCAAAACAUGUGAGAAUUUCAUGAAGCAUUGCCAAAAUGGUUACUACAAUAAUACGAAGUUUCACAGGUCGAUAAGAAAUUUUAUGAUUCAAGGAGGAGACCCCACAAAUACAGAUAAUGGAGGGCAAUCAAUUUGGGGAAAACCUUUUCCUGAUGAAUUCAAGCCGAAUUUGGUCCACCAGGGCAGAGGCGUACUCUCGAUGGCCAAUUCUGGGCCGAACACUAAUGGCUCUCAAUUCUUUAUUACAUUUCGAUCCUGUCGUCACCUGGACCGUAAACAUACGAUUUUUGGAAAAAUUGUGGGUGGGAUGGAGACCCUGAACGCAAUGGAGAAGAUUGAAGUGGACAAUAAGGACAGGCCUAUCGAAGACAUCAUACUUCAAACGGCUCAGGUAUUUGUGGAUCCAUUUCAAGAGGCUGAUGAGCAGUUGGCUGCCGAGAGGGCUGAGGAAACGGAAAGAGCUGAAAAAGAGGCUGAGCGAUUGAAAUCUGGAAGAAAAACGGACGAUGAUGGUGUACUGAAAACUUACAGAUCUGGAGUGGCCAAGUAUCUCCAACCGGGAACCAGUUUAGAAUCUUCAAAGAUGGAAGGACCCUCAAGAAAGAAGAGGAAAGGUGCCCCUCAAGUGCUAGACAACUUUUCUACUUGGUGAAUCAGUGUAAACUUCCAUUUUUAUGUGUUGCACCAAUAAAAUAAAUUGUCUGUAAAUAAUAAAUGAACCAUCUUUGUGAUA